CGUAAAUAAGUUAUGACAUGUUUGAAUUUCGGUAACAAUUCACAAACGAGUAAACGACUUCAGCGUUCGGCAGUAGACAAUACGAUAGUAACAUGAAAUAAUUAAUAUUCUCGUUUAAUUUUUAAGACUUCAUUGACCGGUCCCUGUGGCUGUGAUUGUGAGUGUCUACUUACUAUCAUAGACAAUCAAAUAUCAAUCGCCAUUCAUCAGACGACGUUAUGAACACUAACUUUAUUUUAAACGAACAUUGAACUGAAAUAUUUUUUUAUCAAAUUUUGCUACAACGAAUACUACUGUCGUAAAUAUGCCUGACCCCAGUUUUAGUGAUGCAGUUACAAAACUAGACACACCAUUUGAUGUGUUUAAAUUUGACUGUAAGGGUAUGAUAUCUAAUUCCGAAGCAUUUAAAUUACGUCAGGCUUUGCUUACAAUGAUGUUCAAAAAAAAAUCGUGUGAUCUAUAUUCAUUUUCUCAAUCAUCGGAUUUCAUUCGUUCCACUAAUCUUAAGAAACCUAAGGAAGUGGAGAAGUUUUUAAUUUUUCUACAAAAAAUAAAACAAAAAAUAGCUACCUACUUGGGAAAAACAUUUAAUAACAUGAUUAGUGCGUCUUGUUCUAAAUAUGAUCACGGAGAUUACUUACUUUGUCACGAUGAUCGUGUUGACGAUAGAUCUGUGGCAUUUAUAUACUAUUUAAAUUACGAUUGGCUUCCUGAAUGGGGUGGCACAUUAGAUGUUUAUUCAGUUGAUGACAUGAAUUGUGCUACAGAAAUUGUACAAAAUAUUAACCCAGAAUUUAAUUCUAUGAUUUUUUUCCCUGUUGAAAAAUAUACAUAUCACCAGGUGGCUGAAAAUACAUCUACCUUUUCUCGAAUUUCUAUUAAUGGUUGGUUCCAUUGUAAUGAGCUGUCGUGGGAAAUGUAUAACCAACCAGUCAAAUAUCUAUCUCCUAUUUAUACACCGCAUUCAGUUUCUCCUGAUAGGUGUAAGACAGUUGCUGAAAUGUGCAUAGAACCAAUGUUUGAAGAAUCCAUGUAUAGAGAAGCUAUUCGAGAGACAUUCAUUGCAAAUGGGUUUAUAAUGUGUGACGGAUUUUUCAGACCAUCUAUGUUAGACAUUUUAAGUAAUGAAAUUUUUUCCAAUAGCAUGCAUUGGAAAAUUAAAGGACCUUUAAACAAAAGGCAAUACAAAUAUAUAGAUAUCAAUGAAUUGCCACUCACAAUUUUGUUUGUUGUUAAUAUGUUAAAGACUGAUCGCAUGUUUCAAUUUUUCCAAGAAUGCACAGGUUUAAAAUUUCUUGGUGUAAAUAUUGAAGUGCAGAGAUGGCAUGGGGGCCAUUAUAUGGUAUCAGGCGGAAAUGAUGGCCUAGACGGUUUUAAUGUAUUAAGUGUAUAUUUGUUUUUUAGCCAAUGUUUUGGUAAAAUGUCUGAUGAUAAAAAUGACGAUCUACACUAUGUAUUUGAAGAAAAAGAAACAUUAAUACCGAAAUUUGCAUGCAAGCCUCAGCAUAACACUAUUUUUAUGGUACAUCGAGAUUCUAAUAUGGAUUCACAUGUUAAAUAUUGUAAAAUAGUUGAUGGUCAUGCGUGGACUGUUAUUGUUGCAAAUUAUAUGAUAAAAAAUGAUCUGGAUUGUAAAGUUGUAUUAAAAAGGUUUGAUGAUUAAUUUUUUUUUUAAUUUUGACAUUGCUACAUUUACUAAACAAUUUUCCUAUUGUAAUAAGCUUUAUUAAGUUUUUUUUCAUUUGUUUGUUUGUGAUUAUAUCAUUAAAGAAUGAAUAGUUUUAUAUUCUUUUUAUCAACAAAGCGUUCAUAACUUAUAAAUUAUUAUUCAUAGAAGUAAACAAUGUUUAAAUAUUAAAAUGAGUGUUUAAAUUUGAUAUUAUAUUAUCAUUUACCUAAAUAAUGUGUUUCUAAUAUUUGUCUCGAGUCUUAAAAAAUA